CUGCGUAACUGAACUAACGCGAUGACGCUGAAUGGAAUAUCCCAGGAAACAUAUCGCUGGGUCUCAAUUAGAAGUGCACAAAGUCAUUCAAGAUGGUGUUAGAAAAUAUCUCCAGGAUGAUCAAAAUACAACUUCCAGCCUACCUCAAAAAGCUGCCUCUGCCAGAAACAAUCGGAGGUUUUGCGCGACUUACAGUUUCAGAGUGGUUGCGGCUCUUGCCGUUGUUAGGCAUUUUGGCUCUUCUGGGUUAUCUGACAAUCCGGCCUUUCCUACCCAAGAAAAAUAAGCAAAGGGACAGUCUGAUCAACCUGAAGAUUCAAAAGGAAAACCCUAAAGUGGUAAAUGAGAUCGACAUAGAGGACCUGAAGAGUACAAAUGUUUGCUACUGCAGGUGCUGGCGAUCUAAAACGUUUCCUGUGUGUGAUAAAUCGCACAUAAAGCAUAAUGAGCUGACGGGGGAUAAUGUUGGUCCACUUAUUCUUAAGAAGAAGAUUCUGUAGCCCCCAGUUUGACCCAGAGAUGGAGAGAAGUAACCAGUCCGCUGAAGACCACUCACAAUGUUGUUUUUCAUUCUCUUUCUUUUUAGACAGUUUUCACCUUACUGUGGUUUUGUUUGUUGUACUUACACAAAACAACCAUCUUUUAAUUGUUUAGACGCAUACAGGUCUUUAAAUUGUGAAUGUAGUGACCUAGAUAUUGUGUUUAAUCUGUUUAAUGAUUACUUUUUGUUAUGUUAUUGUGGUGUUUUUUCUUUAACUUGGCAGAUGUAGUUUGAUCUUUGUGUGCUAUAUAACCCACCUUAAGGAAAAAUUGCUUGUUUUCAUAGCCAACAGGUCUUGGCCUCAGAAGUGUCAAAUUAAUUCUUAGUACACAUUUGGAUUUAUGUCUGAAUUUUAAGUUACCUUUUAAUAUUGCUAUUAUUAUAUGCAAAGCGUGAAAUAGGCCUUUGUGAUGGACACUUUUAAGAUCACAUAAUCACAUGCCUUUAACUUUUCUAUGUGAAGUACUUUUUUAAACGUGUUUGUCAUUUUACACAGAAUUAUAUCUAAACCAACAAGAGUUAUAAAAUGUUUGCUAAAUUAUUUUCAUCAAGUUCAAGGUACCAAAUUAGUGUUUGCAUACCUUUAGCAUUUCACGUUACAUUACAUAUGUAACAGAUGCUUUGGUCAACACUAUUGUUCCAAUUUAUUCACAAUGUUUAUCUUGAGACAAAAUUUAACAAAGAAACGUCAAUCUUGAUAAUCUACUUGAACACACAUGCUGCAACAUUACAAUCCAUGUGUGCAUUAAUUCACAAUCAAAGCAGGUUAAGAACUCAAGACAUUGACAAUCCACUGGUUCUCAUAAUGUUCUCUAUUUUAGUUCCAACUGGUUUGUCAUAUUUGAUGGCUCUUGUAGAAGCUCUUGUAAAAGUUACAUUUGUAUGAUAAAUGGACUGUGCUUGAUGAUUUUUGUAAAUAAAAGUUAAACCAGCCAAA